AUCAGACAACAACAGCUGAAACGGGGAGUGGGAAGGUUAGCCUUCGCAGUGCAGUACAGCUAGCUAGCUGCGUUUCAAAACAUAUUUGUAAGAAGGUACAUUUGUUUAACAUACGAACGCGUGAUUGCCUUGAGUUAUGAAUACUUAAAUAGACUGCUUUUUAAGGAGCUGCUCUACUUGACAGUCUGUCCGCAACCUGAAAAAACAAAAUGAAUGUUGGCGUAGCCCACAGUGAAGUAAACCCCAACACUCGAGUUAUGAACAGUCGAGGCAUUUGGUUAACAUACGCUCUUGGUGUCGGAAUGCUUCACAUUGUCCUGCUAAGCAUUCCUUUCUUCAGUGUUCCUGUUGUGUGGACACUCACAAAUGUUAUACACAAUUUUGGAAUGUACGUGUUCAUGCAUGCGGUGAAAGGUACCCCGUUCGAGACCCCCGACCAGGGCAAAGCCAGGCUCUUAACACACUGGGAACAGCUAGACUACGGUGUUCAGUUCACAUCAUCUAGGAAGUUCUUCACUAUCUCGCCCAUCAUUUUAUACUUUCUCGCCAGCUUCUACACAAAAUACGACCCCACGCACUUCAUCGUAAACACCGCCUCACUUCUGAGUGUACUUAUCCCGAAGCUUCCCCAGCUACAUGGUGUCCGAAUCUUUGGAAUCAACAAGUAUUAAGCAAGGAACCCUGGAGAGUUGCAUCUCUGACCCGACUCUCAGCCACAAGCUAUAGCUGCAUACUGUGGGGCGGUGAAAUAGGUAAACCUUUGUACUGCGGUGGUGUAUACUUAGCAGUUUUGUACUGUCUGUUGCAAUUGUCCCUUUCAUUACUUGGAUACAUCGGGAAGAACUAUAACAGGGAUAUGGACAGAGGAGAAUGCCAUGAGCAUUACUAACUUAAGUAAAAAAAAAUGUUUUGGUCCUCGUGGAUCUGGGCUGGCCCAGGAUUCAGAGUUUAUGACUGGUGACUGUUUUUUUUUUUUUUUUUUUUAGUUUUGUUUUCCUUUAUGUUGCUGUCAAACCUUGCUUAAUAGCCCUCUCUGCACAGUGGGGAAAGAAACGUUUUUGUUUCAGUGUAACAUUUCUGGAUGUGUUCUUAAACUAAGCCACGAAAAACUAUCAAACCUACCUUUUUUUUUUUUUUUUUUAAAUUGUUUGUUUCACAAGGACGGGAACCUGUGGUUCAUAACGAAGUAUGACUCUCUACCAUGAGGUUUGACUCUCCUCUACGGUGGACUGUCAGUGAAAUGUGUGUUUUUGCAUGAUAUCCUUGUUAAAAUGAAUCAUUUGUCUUUGUUCAAUCAAGUGAGCAGCAUUAUUGUGUAUAUAUAUUUUUUCUACAUUUCAUGUUUUGAUUCUUAAUCACAAAGAUGAUUAACAAGGAUGAAGUGUUUACUUAAAAGGUCUGAGGUAUGUUUAUGUACUUAUAUUCAUUUAACUGUUUAGAACUUCAUAAAUUUACUCUGGAUGUUGUUACCCAGGCAGCUAGUCAUUCUUGGCCUCAGCGCAACCAUGGUAUACUUGGGGCUCUGAAUGCCCUUGUAUGUGACAUAAUUUAAAAUAAUUCUGCCCUUAAGUGGGUCUUGUCUCACUCAUUCUAGUUGUUUGGAUAACAGGAAGCGUCUGUUGAGGCACAGUAAUGAACGGAGCUUCACAGCCUUGCAUUAUUUGCCAUGUGAUAAGGAGCAAGUUAACAAUUGUGUUUUUAAAUGUCUGGACAUAUUGUAUAGCAAUUCAAAUAAACAAACUUGUUAAAAGUAAA